AUGUCACGAUUGAGUGUGCGCUUGUGCACAACUUGUGUCAUUCGUGACAUUUCCAAAUGUCAACCUAAAAAUCUUCCAGAAAAGUGGUUUAAAGGUGUAAAUAAUCAUUCCGGGAUGGAAUUUAACGUUUAUAAUAAGUGCCGGGUGUGUCUGAGCGCCGACGAGCAGAUGCACAACCUUUUCGACGCGUUUGACCAAGGCAUCACUUUGCGCGAUAUUCUGGCAAAUACGACAAAAUUCGAGGUUGACAAAGACGAUGGUUUGUCCCCCUACAUUUGCCAGAACUGCUCCACAAUCAUCGUUGAUUUUUAUAACCUCAAAACCAUCUACGAGGAGAACGAGAGUCAAAUCCGGGCCCUUUUGGCCAGUUGCGAGUCGCAGUUGAGCGAGAACGAGCCCCAAGACGAGCCCGACGUCAUAACAAUCAAAGUGGAGGAAAGCGCAGCCCCCCCAGAGCCCCAGUUCGAAGAAGUGGACACGUUCACGUGCCCCGAAUGUGGCGAGUCCUUCCCGGACAAAAACGCCGUUCAGUCGCACUUGGUGUUUACGCAUAACAUCACAGUGAUCGACUUUGACGAGAUUUCCGAGGUUUCGCUCCUCAAAAUCACGUCAGAGAAGACUCCAAGUGAGUACAAAUGCAAGAUUUGUGGCGAGAUUUUUGAGUCGGGGGAGCCCUACCAGCAACAUUUGGAGACACAUAAGAAGAAUGUUUGUGAUAUUUGUGGUGUCGGUUUUACGAAAAAGUCCUACUUGAAGGACCACCUCGAGGUGCAUUGCCCCGAAAAACGCCACGUUUGCAACUACUGCAACAAGGCGUUUAAGCGGAGGACCGUUUUGGUGAAACAUAGGCGCAUCCACACCAACCCAAGGGGGCACAUUUGCGAAAAGUGCGGCAAGGCUUUCACAGAUCGGGGCACUUUGAAGACCCACAACAUGUUGUUGCACGUCCGUGAGCGCAAUUAUGUGUGUCUGAUAUGUGGGGUGAAGUUCCCGCUGAAAGCGACGCUUGAGAAGCACAUCCGGAGGCACCAGAAUAAGGAACGCGAGUUUUUUUGCACGCAGUGUCCCCUGGGGUACAGGGACAAGUCGAGCUUGGACAGACAUGUGUUUGUUAAGCACAGUGGACGGAGUGUUAAGUUGACGUGUGAUGAGUGCGGCAAGCAGUAUACGACAAUGGGCAAUUUGUCCAAGCAUCAAAGGGUCUGUCAUAGAAGCGAUGAAAAAAUUGAGUGAUUGUUGUAGAAGAAACUGUAUAUAAUAAUAAAAAAAUCGAGAAUAAAAA